AUGGAUCCUCAGACAAUCUCUACCAGUUACGGUGAUCAUGAACAAACUGUCCCGUACACCUAUGCGAUCCGUGUUUGCGCUGGUAUGGCGUCGUCUCUCGGUGCUCGCGGUGUUUCUUUGUUGUUUGCCUCUAGUGAUAGUGGUGUUGGUGAUGGCGAUACCGACCUUGCCACUCAGUCAUGUAAAUCCAACGAUGGGCGCAAUGUCACAGAAUUCCUGCCAACAUUCCCCUGUUCCUGCCCAUACGUGACUGCUGUUGGUGGUACCGUCAACAUCCCAGAGACUGCCGUGUCUUUUUCUGGGGGUGGAUUCAGCGACUAUUUUGCUCGUCCUGCGUACCGGGAGGCUGCUGUCUCUGAAUACUUAGCGAUGCUCGCUCCCGGCACGUUCAAAGGUCUCUAUAAUUCGACCGGACGUGCAUAUCUAGACGUGGUAGCACAAGCAGAAUACUUCUCUAUUAUUUAUCAAGGUCAGGAGAGUCCAAUCGGUGGUACAUCCUGUGCUUCGCCCGCCUUUGCCGCAUUUGUAUCCAUGCUGAACGACGUACGCAUCAAUGCUGGAAAGACUCCUCUCGGCUUUUUGAAUCCAAUGUUAUAUUCCACUGGCUACACUGCAUUAAAUGAUAUCACCCAAGGGAGCAACCCAGGAUGUGGAACUCCGGGCUUCAAUGCCACGGUUGGAUGGGAUCCUGGUGAGUUCAUGAAGGCAAACAGAGUUAUGACGUGUCUACAUGCUGAUCAUACCUGUAGUCACUGGACACGGCACACCCAACUUCGAAAAAUUGAAAGACUUGGUCUUGGCCUUGCCUUAAAUUAA